AUGUUUUUUUAUAUCGAAAUUGCUGUGGAGAAAACUCCCCUAUUGGUAAAAGAUUUACCUGAUUUUAGAGUACCUUCGAGACUGAUUGGAAUCGCCAUUGUAAUUUUAUUUACAAAAAUAUUUAUUCAUGGUGCCAACAGUGUGGGCAGUACGGGUGGCAAGCCAAGUUCAAGUAGAAAUGAUCCUUACGGAGCCGAACAUGAUCUUCUGCAGGCUAUAAAGAUACCCUUCAAUGAUCCAAAAACUCAAUAUUUUGAAAAUGGAUUAGAUGGAUUUCCUGCAUUUGGUUUACGUCCUGGAUCAGAUAUCAAAUCACCAUAUCGUUUAUUUAUACCUGAAAAAUUAUAUCCAGAAUUUUCAAUUGUUGUCACAGUUCGUUCACUGAGUCGUGAGGGAGGCUUCUUAUUUGCUGUGGUCAAUCCAUUAGAUACAAUUGUACAACUUGGUGUACAAUUAUCACCUGUAGGAUUUGGCUCUACGAACAUAUCAUUAUAUUAUACGGAUCCUAGUUAUUUUACUUCGCAAGCGAUCGCUAGUUUUGUUGUACCGGUUUUUCAUAAGAAAUGGACACGAUUUUCUUUACGUGUCACUAAUGACGAUGUUACAUUAUUUUUCAAUUGCGAAGAAUACGAUAAGGUUGAAGUUCAACGUGUACCACAGGAAUUGGUUUUUGAUUCAGCGUCUACAUUGUAUAUUGGACAAGCUGGACCGAUUAUCAAAGGUGCAUUCGAGGAACUUUUACGGUCAUAG